AUGCCCGUGGCCCCAGCAGGAAUGCAUCGGCUCCUCCUGGCCAGGGAGAGGGGUGUUGCGGGCUCCCAGGAUGCUCUUGCUUUUAAGCGGAGCCUUCACUUCCCUGUUCACUAUGCCAGCAAGCUGAGUGUCGAGCACACCUAUGAGGGACACAAUGGUUGCGUCAACCGCUUGGGGUGGAACGCAGAUGGAUCUCUACUCGUGUCUGGCUCUGACGAUCGGCGGGCGAUCAUUUGGCACUACCCCGACGUGGAUCGGCCCCCCUUGGCGCUAUCCACCGAACACCGGCUCAACAUCUUCGGAGUCCAAUUCCUGCCGUGUACGGGAGACCGCCGUAUCGUCACCGGAGCCAUGGACAAUACCGUACAGCUGCACGACAUGGAAGCGUCGCCGAUGUCGGCGGCGGCAGCGGCACGUGCAGUCGGCCGGCAGGGCGCCGCGGGAUCGCGGGCUGGGGACCAUGUCCUGCGGCGGCGAGUGGCGGCGGCGAAUGUGCGUUUGGUGGUGCCGAGGACCAAGGUGUAUUUGUCACACCGGGAUCGUGUCAAGGACGUCAAAGUGGAGCCCAUGAAUCCUCACAACUUUUGGUCAUGCGGCGAGGAUGGCGUUGUACGGCAGUUCGACACACGUCUGCCCAAUCAGGAUAGCUUUGAGAGCCCGACGGUGCUGUUGCAGGUGUACGGCAAGCGCGAGGUCGUACAAGUCAAGAGUCUCGACAUCAACAAGGCUCACCCGCACCUGGUAGCCGUCGCCGGCAGCGACGUGUACAUCCGUCUGUACGACAGGCGGAAGCUGAGCACCUGCACCUGGAAGGGGGGUGCGGACACGGCGGCUCUGAUGCGGCUGGCUCCCCCGCACUUACCCCUGGGGGCGGCUACCCGCCCCACUCGGGCGCACGCUACCUACGUGUCCUUCUCUAACCGGGGUGAUAAGGUGGUCACCAGCUACCACGCGGACCACGCCUACUGCUUCGACAUCACCUCAGCGGGUGACCUGGCCGCGCGCUUCCCUCAGCCACCCGCCCCCGCCCCCGGCCCCUCGUCCGCCUCCAUACCCAUAUCGACACCCAUACCGGCACACGCAUCCAGCCGGCCGCUGCCUGGUCGGCUGUUUAUGCGGGGGGGAGGACGAGGAGGUUGCUGGGGUGGUGGUGGGGGUGGGGGUGGUGGCGGUGUUUUGGCGGCGUCGUGGGGGGCGAUGCCGAAGGAGGAGGAUCAGGACGCGGAGGAGGAGGAGAAGACGGCCGCGUUUGGGAGAAGUGGAGGUGCUGCUGGAGAGGCGCUGUUGGAACGGGGCUGGGCGGGCGACGCCGCACUGGCACUUCGGGACUGCGACACGGCCACGUCACUGGACGAGAGCUACAGCCGGGCCUUCCUGGGUCGCAUCCAGGCGCUGCAAGUGCUACAGCAAUACCAGAACAAGCUCUCCCACCUGACGAAGCAGCUCAGGUCGGCCGUGGAGGAGCGCAGGAAGUGGUUCCUGGCGCGGAGGCAGCAGCAGCAGCGACGGAGGAGGCAGCGGGCGGCGGCGAGGGCUCUGACACGGACACCUAGAAGGACGACGGCGGCAGCUCGUACAUUUCCGCCGCCGCCGCCGCCGCAAGCGCGACAAGACUCUGAGCCACAGCCGGCAACGGCCGACGCCGCUGACAAUCCCGCCGCCACCGCUGCCGCCGCCAACCGAAUACCCGUACAGCGGCGCGCUGGCGUGUGGAAGAACCGGGUCGGGGGCCGCGGCGGCGGCGAUGACGAAACGGCGGAUGGCGGCUUGGAGGACGUGUGUCUGGCGGAUGCCGAGGGUGGUGCGGCGGCGGAAGACUGCAUGGUGACGGAAGGGACGGAAGCGACGGAGGCGGCGGAGGCGACGGAGGCGACGGAGAGGACGGAGAGGACGGAGGCGACGGAGAGGACGGAGAGGACGGAGGCGACGGGGGUGGUGGACGGCACCAGGAUUGGUUCGAUGGACGAUGAUGGUGGUGAUGAUGAUGAUGAUGACGAUGAUCCGUCAGACGACGACGAAGGGGAGGACGAGGUGGCGGCAGCUGAUACGGCGCGGGGGCUGCUGGACAGCCGGUCCGACAUCGAGUACGACAGCGAUUCGGAUUGUGGGGGGCAGCGGUACGGCAGCAGCCAGGUGGAUUUGACAGCUACGGCUACAGCUUCAGUACGGCACAUGCCUGGGGGGGCUUGGUAUGGCAGUGCUGGUGGACGGAGGAUGCUUCAGAGAUACGUUGGGCAAUGCAAUGUGCAGACCGACAUCAAGGAGGUCAACUUCAUUGGCUGCGAUGACCGGGUGGUAGCGGCAGGCAGCGAUUGUGGCAGGGUGUUUUUGUACGAUGCCGACACGGGUGCCGUACUGCGGGCCCUAGCAGCGGAUGAGGACGUCGCCAACUGUGUGCAGUGCCACCCCACGUUGCCUGUUUUGGCCACCAGCGGUAUCGAGAACGUCAUCCGGCUGUGGUCCCCGCGAGACGCCCCUCCAGCGGCUGAGGCGGUUCCGGAGCUGGAGCAGGAGCUGAGGUCCGUGGUGGACGGGAACCAGGAGCGCAUGAACGAGGGGCCCUCCGUGUUCAGGCCCUCCGCAUUGCAAGACGCGCUGCAAGAGAACCCCCAGCUUUUGCAUCUCUUCCUGAAUCAGCUGUACGGCAACUUCGCGGCGGCUCGGCGCGGCGGACCCGCGGGUCAGACGGGAAGUGGCGGCAGCGGCGGCGGGGGGGAUGGUCAAGGCACCGGAAUGGGCGGGGGGAACGAAGGGGAGGGGGACGAGCGUCCCUUCAUUGUCGCUCGCCGGGUCUGUCGGGUCCAGUACUCUGGCCAGUCGGUCCCAGGCCGCCUGCCAGGGGGCCUUAUCCUGGAGGGCUCGCAUCAGCAGCUGCCGGCUCUGCCACACCGGACGGCACCAGCCGCUGCCGUCCUCGUAGUAGCCGUACAUUGA